AUGUUUGCUCGUUUGUUUCGUUGGAAAGAAGCGAAACUGAAGCCAAGUGAGGUCGAAUAUCAAGAAUGGAAACAGUUUCAACGGGAAAUCAACGAGAGUUGGAAGGUCGUCCAUCGGGUAAGAUUAGUGGUUUGAUUUUUUUGAUUGUUUUUAUAUAUAAGUGGGUGGUGAAGAUAAAAAAGUUCGUGAGCUAAUGUAGGUUUGUUGGAUUGGCUUGAAAUUUUGUGAAUAGGUUUAAAAUAGUAUAUUAUAAGUAGUGUGGAUAUGUUUCCUUUUAUUCUUUCAAAAAUAAAGGGAAAAGACGUGUUUUAAAUUGAACAAAUACCGGUGAAGAAUUCAAAAUGUACUAACUUUAACAUUGAUUUUCGCGAAAGUUAUAAAAGCUAACAGAAUGAAUUUUUGUCACAACGUAAACCAUUCUAUCUUUUAACUAUUCACCGAAUUUGAGUCAAACCUAACAACUAAAUAUAAAGUUAUAGUAUUAUCUAUCAGCACCACUUAGUAUGUUCAUUUUUUUUAUUUUUAACUUUUCGAAGUAAUUUUACUAUUUUUCAGAGAACGUUGUUGAGAACUCCAUUCUUCCGUCAAAUAUUGACCCAUGUUGAGCUGCACGAGUGUCUCUUGGCUGAGCAGAUAUUGUUGAAAGUGGAGGAAAUUAACGAAACGUCGGAAAAUUCAGAAGAAAGCCUGGCCAGAGUCACCGAAUUACGUGACGCCAUGGAUCAAUCUGAACGCCAACUCUUUACCAAGAUUAACAACAUUGCCGCAGUCUAUAUCCGGAAAGUCAACUCUAAAUCGGCCGAGCAACCAACGGCUACUUGA